AUGGAAGGUCAACAUCAAAGCCAUGGCCUUGGCCUGCGGCAAGAUUCUCCCGAUAUCCCCGAUAUUCAGAUGACAUCGUCGACAGAAUGGCACCCAGCGCGCCAACUACCCCGAAAACCCGUCAACAGCUCAGGGCCGACGACACCGGCACCCAUCGGCGCCCCAUUUGGCGUCUACGGACGAAGUCCACCAAUACCAUCUAUCGCAGGCCCUCAACCGUCUUUCUCAGAACGAGCAGCCGGCGCGGCAGCAUAUUUCCCGCCCCAGGCCGCUGGUGAGUAUGGCGGCGAGCAAACACGACCGCGGCCGGCGCCGCUUCAGAUGGAAUCAUAUGAGUACGGCAACUAUGCCAACUACACACCCUCACAUUCCGGCCUCAGUACGCCUGGCACCGGCGGUCUCCCGCCGAAAAAGCAAGUGCGCAUCGAUUCGCACUCCGCGCUUCUAUCUCCCCAAUGGCGCCCGCCGUUGACAAACCGGCAACAAUCAUAUACAUAUCACCCGCCGGGCCAUAUCGCCUUCUACGACAGGUACUGGCACCCGUCUUGGAACAUGUACUUUUUCCUCUUCGCGGGAAUCGCGUUCGCCCUGGGCCACCACUUCUUCUAUGCUGGUCUCAACGGCACCGAGGCGAAUAACCAGCUGCGCAUGCUGCGGUACGGCGCGGCACUCUCGUUCCUCAGCAAGGCGAGCUUGGCGUCGGCUGUGAUCCUCGCCUUUCGUCAGCGCGUGUGGAUGACGGUGCGUCGCAAGGUGCUCACGCUGGCUGCCGUCGACUCGCUCUUCGCCGCCGCAGAAGAUAUGUCUGCCAUUUUCAAUUUUGAAGUCUUCAAGCAGGCGCGCAUCGCCAUGGUUCUCGCGCUGUACGUGUGGUGCACGCCGCUCGUCGUCAUUCUCACCUCCGACACCCUCGCCGUGCAGCCCAUGACGAAGCGCGAAAACACGACGUGCCCGUCCGUCCGCACCCUCAACUUCACCCACGAAGAGACGAACGACUUCCGCACGGGGCAAAAGAUUAACAACCUGUACGAGCUUUCCGUGUCCAUGUGGAACACCACCAGCUUCAACCAGUCCGCCGAGCACUUCUUCGACUAUUGGACCGCGCAUAGCAUCCAAUUCGACGAGAUCGCCACCUCCGCCGUAUUCCAGAAGAAGCCCCUCGAGCGGGCGAACGCAGGUGCUGAGAUCUGCAGCCCCGGGUGGAACUGUACUUUUACCAUCAAAUUCACAGGGCCCGGUUACAAGUGCCAGGAGCUCGCUAGUGGUGUCGGAGCGACCCCAAAAGAUCUCAACGGCGCAACCGCCCCAUUCCCAAUGGAUAUGCUUGCGCCCAAGGGCAACUACACUUACAUCAGCCACUCGUCACUGGGCGAGUAUUCGAACCCGCAACUCAACGACACGAGCGAUGCCGGCGUCCCGCUCCGGCAGCCGCCGUUUCCCCGAAACUUCGGCGCGCUCCGCACGGAGCCCGUGCUCUGGUUCGGCUACGCGCAGGUCGACGACCCGUCCGUCCCGCAGCCGGACAACUCAUCCGCCCCAGGUUGGGACACGGCCUUCACGCCGAAAAUGUUCGCGUGCGAGCACUAUGAGACAGAAUACGAGGUGCUCUUCAACUACACCAACCUCGUGCAAACCACAACCGUAAAAGACCGCAAGUUCAUCUCUCCUGUCGUCGACACGCGCUUCCUCCCGGGCGUGGACGCCAACGACGGCACAAUGGACAACACCACCGCGACGCCCGAGUCAAACUACAUCCUCCCGACCGACGUGCAGCGCUACCGCCGUCUCAUGGCAUACCACUCCAUCGGCUCACGUCUUCGCGCUUUCGUCAACGGCACAAUCCACGAGCCUAACAAGAACGCGAACACCAAGGCGAUCCAGACGCGCCUGAUCGACCAGCACAGCUACCUCGGCGUCAAAGACCUCAUGUUCCAGGUGCAGUCGUUCUACGAGGACAUAAUCCUCUCCAUGUUCAGCAACCCGCGCUUCCUCGCCGUCGUCUGGGCCAGCGAUCCCUCGCAAGUCACAGGUACCAAGGUUGGCGGGGAUUUCCGGUACCCGUGCACGCGCGAGCGCACCGACAACAGGUACAAGUACCACGCGUCGGACCUCUGGGCAGUAUACACGGUGGCCAUCGUUCUGGCCAUCGUCGGCGUCGCAUUCGGUGUGGCGGCCGUCUGGGAGGAGGGAUUGGUGCGCAACACGCGCUUCAGCAGCAUCGUCGCGGCGACUCGUGGGCCGGGACUAGAGAAGCUGCCCUGGGGCAACACGGUGCCCGGUAGCGACCACCGGCCCGUCGCUGGAGCGAGGGUCGGGUACGGUCUUGUGCCGACGGACGUCCAUAGUGGAGGGUCCGAGACGUACGGGUUCGGGCUCGAGGGAGAUGUAAAGCAGCGCCAGGAGAACGCGAUAAGGACGCCGACGGGGUUGGGCAGCCCGUUUAUUAACAGGGCGAGUAGGAGAUGGUCUAAGUUGACUCAACAACCACCCAGCGCUUGA